AUAAAUUUAAAAAAAAAAAAAAAAAAAAAAAACAUACAAAUCAUGUCGAUGUAUCGUUCGUUAUUUUCAAGACGAAUAAUAGGCGCUAAUUUAUUUCGAUCUAUUGAUAAAUUAUAUCAUUACUAUUAUGAUAAAACACAUUUAACGAGAUUACUUUCUUAUUAUCGUUCAUCGAAUGAACAAAGACAAUUGAAAACAAAUAAUACACGUGAUAAUAUUUUAAAUAGUCCGUUCAUGAAUAUACAUGGAUACGAAAAUGCACUGUUGCACGAAACUAUUUUUCAAGAUGUAAACAAAUGGCCGAACAAUAUUGCAAUAGAAUGUGCAAUCACUGGCAGAUCGUAUACUUAUCAACAAUUGAGAAAACAUGUUGGUCGAUUGGCAAUGUCAUUACGUAAAGCAAAACUUUUACAGCAUGAUACAAUAGCUAUUAUUUUACCUAAUAUUCCUGAAUAUGCUAUCAUUUUAUUCGCUGCGGUUGAAGCUGGCCUUCGUAUAACAUCGUUAAAUCCUACAUGGAACAGCUUGGAAAUAAUGAAACAAAUUGAAAAUUCCGAAACUAAGGCUAUUUUUACCAAUCCUUUAAUAUAUCCUACUGUAAAAAAAAGUAUAGAAAAUAAUUCGCAAAUCAAAUUACCAAUAAUAAUAGUUAACGAUGGAAGUGGAUCAAUACCAUCUGGUACGAUCAAUUUCAAUGAUUUCAUGAAAGAAGAUAUCGAAGAAUUUACCAAAAAUCAUAAGACUGGUGUUAAUCCUGAGGAUGAUGUUUUUUUAUUAUAUUCUAGUGGUACCACUGGAUUACCUAAAGGUGUUCAAUUAUCUCAUAGGAACAUUGUUGCAAAUAUACUUCAAAUAAGUUGUCCAGAAAUUGCAUUAUUAACACCUGCUACCGAAACGAUGCACGAUGUUGUACCAAUGGUACUACCCUUUUUUCAUAUAUAUGCUUUAGUACCACUUAUGAGUUCUUAUUUACGAGCAGGAGCCAGAUUGGUGUGUCUACCACAAUUUUCAGUAGAAAAUUAUAUGAAACUUCUUGAAAAUUAUAAACCAACAUUACUAUACUUGGUACCACCGAUCAUACAAAUGAUGGUUAAUAAUGAAAAUGUUACAUCGAAGCAUGUACAAAAUGUAAGGGCUGUUGUGUCAGGAGCUGCACCAAUAGGUACAGAUACUAUUAAUAAAUUUCAUGAACGUAUCAGCAACAAGGUCACAUUUUUGCAAGGGUACGGUAUGACUGAAACUGGUCCAGUAAUAUCAUUAAGUAAGAAUGGUCCUAGCAAUUCGGUGGGUUAUCCUGUUCCUAACACACAAGUACGUAUUGUCCAAUACAAAGAUGAUCAAAGUAUUAACGUUGGACCAAAUGAAACUGGAGAAAUCUAUGUUAGAGGACCUCAAGUAAUGAAAGGUUAUUAUAAAAAUCGUCAAGCAACUGAAGAGAUUAUGGAUGGUGAUUGGAUUAAAACUGGUGAUGUAGGAAAAUAUGAUGAAUCAGGAUAUUUAUACAUCGAAGGACGCACCAAAGAAUUGAUCAAAGUAAAAGGUUUUCAAGUAGCACCUGCAGAAUUGGAAGAUAUUAUUAGAGGUUUAGAUGUUAUUGAUGACGUUGCUGUAAUCGGCGUUCCUCAUGACAAAUAUGGCGAAAUUCCAAAAGCUUUUAUAGUAACGAAAAAAGGAGUUACCGUUAAUUCGGAUGACGUUAAAAAUUUCGUUGCCAAACAGGUCUCCAGUUAUAAACAAAUAGGACACGUACAGUUCAUCGACAAAAUUCCUAAAAGUGCGGCUGGCAAAAUUUUAAGAAAAGAACUACACAAUAUGUGAUUUUUACGUAUCUACGCAGAAGUAUACAUAGGGUUUUUUUUUUUUUUUUUUUUUAUAUACAAAAAUUC